CAGGAGGCACAGCAGCAACCGAUUUCUCCGAGGGCGAUUGAUUUAGCCAAUAAUUGUUCCUUGUCGUCAACCAAAGACACUAGAAGCAGAGAUCCCAUUCAGCUGGACGAAUCACAGCUUGUUUCGCUGGCAGUCUACGGGAAGCUUGAUGAAAUUCCGGCAUCAGGGGAGACGCAGCAGAUGGCUAGUGAGCAAACAGGUCUUCGAUGUGUGGAAAUGCAGCUAUCUUUGAUGGGCGAGACGGCAAAAGUAAGGAAGACUGACACGUCCGAGGGCUCUUGCAAAAAAAGUGUCGUUUACCGUGAACCAAUACGGCAUGACAACCAGGAAAUCAAGAUAAUUGAAGUGGAAAAGCGAACAAAAUGGCCUAAAAAUGGCUUCCUGCCUCAAGCCUACUUGGACACGAAGUGGAAAAGAAACAAAAUUAAACGAGGCAGAUGCGAGGGUUGGAGAAUGCCCGGACAGUUGAUUUCAUUCAGUCCCACCAUUUCUCUCCUGGAACCCCCACAAAUUCCCGCUUCUGACUCCAUUUCACAACCACUCCCAUCUGGAAAGAGCCUUACUUUCGAAAAUUAUGGACUACCGACCAAGAUGCUCGAUUCCGUCGCUAUAGAGGCAGAUUCAAACCAAGAUUCUUCCGUCUCUCCCUCACCUCCUGACGGAAACUGUACGGCUAUUGUUCACGCCAUUCACUUGCCCAAUGUUGGUCAGGAGCUAAAAACAUUCGAACGAGAGCUUGCAUAUUCGGCCACUGAAACAGAAGAGUCUAAUUGUACAUUCCAAUCGGCCGGUCAAUUGCUGACGCCGAAACUCAACGCCUGUGAACUUCACACCAAUAUACACAUCCGGGCACCCGGUUUAGAAUCUCGACCCAAAGACUCGCCUAAGGCUCUUUUUGAGGUACAUGUAGACGAUAAGAACCGCAAUCACCCUUUCAACCUGACUUUUGGGCCCAAAACACCCAAGCAAGCCAGACUUGGAGAAGCCACCCUCGAAAUGCACACAAAACAAUGGAUUUAA